ACGGCUAUCAUCUCCCUUCCCACAAGUUUCUAAUUUUCAAAAGCUCACAGAAACCUUACUCUCAAUUCUCUCUCUCAAUGUUCUUCGUCUCUACACAAUGAUGUUUUGGAGGCUAAAAUCUAUUUCAUUGCAUCCAAAUUUUGAAAUUCCGGUCCUCAUCCCAAACUUUCAAUAUCCCGCCUUCUUUACAUUUGCAAGGAGAGAACCAAAGUAAAAAUGUUAGUUAGAGAUAGGACCUGAUCGGCGGCUAGGGUUUCGAGGUUAUUUUCUCAGGCCACGACAAGGUAAUAUUAGGGAUGUGUGUGAAGGGCUGAUACAUGGGCGGCUAUAAGGUUCGGACCACCCGAUAGGUUCAGUUCCCAAAUGGUGCAUUUGCAAGAAAGUUACCACGAAGCUGCUUCAUCCUAAAGUUCCCAAAUUAUGGCACAUGUCAAAUCCUAUUUCAAUUCGUAAUUUCAGAACCAAAGAUGGGCAGACAAUGAUUGUACGAGAAGGUGACAAAGUGUGUGCUUUCAGAUGUCGAUUGGUGGAUACAAUAGGUGAGGACUACCAGUUUACAUUAAAUUUAUUGAAUUUUAAAAGGAACAAUAUAUAUUCACUAUCUCUUUUCAUUGCCUACUUAGCUACUCAUUUGCGUGAAAGAUGGAGUGCAAACCAAAACGCCAACAAAAAGAAGAGCCUAUUGGGGAACUCCAAAGACACCAGUGAGGAUGAUUCAGUCUCUGAGAUCAAGCAUUUUAUCGAAAGCUCAGUUGCGUCUAGCUAAGCUGGAUCAGUUAAGCCAAGCAGCCAGAACAGGGGUUGAAGUGCGUAUUAAGAAGGAAUGUGCAUAGCUAGGGACAAAAGUGGAAUUGCGCGUAUUUUAGCCGCGGAUCUGGUAUAAGGUAAUUAACCAGUUACUUUGUUUAGUUUUGUGUCGAACCCAUAUUUUAAAUUUUGAAUUUGAUUGUUUUUGAUUGAAGGUUUUGGUUCGAUUAGGAACUAUGUAAAAACAGGUUAGGCUCCUCGAUUACAUUGGCAGGAGGUACGUCAUAUAUGGGUUUACGUAUGAUAAAUGAGAAUGGGAAUAGGUUUUAAAAGCUGCCACCCACCUAAGUGUCGUUAUUUUAACUUGAUUGCUUUGUAUUUCAUUGUUUCUUGUUUAUAUAUCUUAGUGGCUGCAAAUGAUCUCUUUAUUUAUUUAUUUAUUUUUUUUUUUUUGCUGAUUUUGAUUGUACAGAAUGAAAAUGGGCUGCAAGUGAGUGAUAAGUCGAUUACUGAGACUGUACUUGGAAGAAGCUCUCUUCGUUUGCACGAGUGGGGACGUGAUCCGAUUAGUUCUAGUAGCACAAUGGGUGCUACUAAAAAAUCAAAGCUUCUUGCUUACGAAGAGCCGUGGAUGCUUAUGAUGAGCUAGUGGAAGAACUUGGAAACGUGAAAGGUAAAUGUGCAAUUACGGAACAAGCGUUGAUUGAGAAUAAUGUCAUGCCUCGUCCAUCACGCACACUAGAACAAUCUCAAUGUGAUGCAUUAGAGGGUGUUGAAAACAUUGAUGAGUGAAAGCGAUUUAGUAGAUUCUAUAACUCGUUAGUAACAUAUAAACACUUUUAGUUUUGUUUGUUUUAGUAUUUAAUUUUCUAUAACUACCACUUUUAUUUGGUUGUUUGUAAGAUUGAUGUUUAUUAGUUUAAUUAAGAAUCUUAAUUUGUUCA